AGAGAUUCAGUAUUGAACGAAAUUUCAACAAGGAAAGUAUUGAAUAUAGGUAUUGUUUUUAGGAUCUUAUUUUUGUGUAUAAAACAUUUACAGCGUGUAAGACAACGGCACAUAAUCAAAAGAGUUCAAGGUUGUUGCGGCGCUUCCUGUGACGUCACCGCGCACGGACGUCCGUAAUGGACUUGCAGCUGUUCCCUGACAAACAAUAACAAGAGGAGCGAGCGACUGAACGAGCAAACGGCGGCGGCUUUUCCGCGUCUGUGACCGCGCUGAUAUUGAGCCCGCGAGGCGUCUCGACUCUGACAUUACCGGCGAGGAAAACUCUGGCCUCCGCUGCCUCUUCUUCCGAGUCGGAAACCGGCGGAGCUUCGCCGCCACCGCGGAAGAAAAGCCGAGUCUCGGCGGCGGAGGGAGCAGGACAGAGCGGGGCGUCUGCAGCCGGGAUCACGGGCCUCUCUGCGGCGUCUCUCCCAACCCCCCACCGGCGCUCGGCCAUCGGCUUCAAUAACAGCCCACAGGCGCGCGGAUCCGCCACCGUCACCGCGGAUCAUAACAUGCAGGCCAACGGCACCGGAGGACAAGAGCCGGAGCCGCAGCUGUCCUGCCGGAACGGAGAGUCCUCGUCCUCCGCCGCGGGAGCUGUGCACUCCAACGGGCUGCUGUCCUCCGCUAAUAACGGGUUGCCGUCGUCCACCGAGAGCCCGGCUCCGGACACCGGGAUGAAGAAGAAGAAACGGCUGUCCCAGAGCGACGAGGACGUGAUCAGACUCAUCGGACAGCAUCUACACGGGCUGGGACUCAAGCUGAGAGUGACCUGAAUGAGCUGAAGGCACUGAUGCAUUCACCCAGCGCUGUGGUGCGCAUGAAGUUCCUGCUCCUUCAGCAGAAGUACCUGGAGUAUCUGGAGGACGCCAAGGUUCUCGAGGCACUGCAGGUGCUCAGGUCCGAGCUCACACCGCUCAAGUACAACACCGAGCGCAUCCACGUCCUCAGCGGGUACCUGAUGUGCAGUAAUUCAGAGGAUCUGCGUCUGAAAGCGGAGUGGGAAGGCAAAGGAACAGCCUCGCGAUCCAAACUCCUGGACAAGCUUCAGACGUAUCUCCCUCCGUCAGUGAUGCUGCCUCCUCGGCGGCUGCAGACUCUGCUCCGUCAGGCGGUGGAGCUGCAGAGAGAUCGAUGUCUUUACCACAACACCAAGCUGGACAGCGGCCUGGACAACGUCUCGCUGCUCAUUGACCACGUCUGCAGCAGGAAGCAGUUUCCCUGCUACACCCAGCAGAUCCUGACCGAGCACUGCAAUGAAGUCUGGUUCUGCAAGUUCUCCAACGACGGCACCAAACUGGCCUCGGGCUCCAAAGACACCACCGUGAUCAUCUGGCAGGUCGACCCUGACUCUCAGCAGCUCAAGCAGCUCAAGACUCUGGAAGGUCAUGCCUAUGGGGUUUCCUAUCUGGCCUGGAGCCCCGAUGACACUUACCUGAUAGCGUGCGGCCCAGACGACUGCUCCGAGCUCUGGCUCUGGAAUGUUCAGACAGGGGAACUGAGAACCAAAAUGAGCCAGUCUCAUGAGGACAGCCUGACCAGCGUGGCCUGGAAUCCAGACGGCAAGCGUUUUGUUACCGGGGGUCAGAGAGGCCAGUUCUACCAGUGUGAUCUGGACGGGAACCUGCUAGACUCUUGGGAAGGCGUCCGUGUUCAGUGUCUGUGGUGUUUGGGUGACGGCAGGACAGUUCUGGCCUCAGACACACAUCAGCGCAUACGAGGAUACAACUUUGAAGACCUGACUGACAGAAACAUAGUUCAAGAGGACCAUCCUAUAAUGUCCUUCACCGUGUCAAAGAAUGGAAGAUUAGCUCUGUUAAACGUCGCAACUCAGGGGGUUCAUCUGUGGGACCUGCAGGACCGGGUAUUAGUCCGGAAGUACCAGGGUGUGACUCAGGGCUUCUACACCAUCCACUCCUGCUUUGGAGGAUACAACGAAGACUUUAUCGCGAGUGGCAGUGAAGAUCACAAAGUUUACAUCUGGCACAAGCGUAGCGAGCUGCCGAUCGCCGAGCUGACAGGACACACACGCACCGUCAACUGUGUGAGCUGGAAUCCGGUGCUGCCAGGCCUGAUGGCCAGCGCCUCUGAUGACGGCACGGUCAGGGUUUGGGGUCCGGCGCCCUUCCUCGACUCCCAGGACACCGACGGACUCACCGUAGAAUGCUAUAGCAUGGACAGUUGAUGUUGACUCUGGAGCAGAUGUCCACUUCGGGAAACACACAGUGAGACACACUAUAGACUUCUGUGAAUAAAGAAUGAGAAAUGAAGUAAAUGGAACGGCAGUUUUUUCCAGGCGGUUUCACAUCCCCACCCGCGGAGACGCCGUUUCACUCGAUUAAACAUGACGCCGGCGGCCACCUUUUCUCCAUCUGACUUCGCAUCCGUGCGCCGCAUCACUUGACGGACAUGAUGAGGACAUGCCCCCUCGGUGGAAGCUCCGCCUCCUCCUGCAAACACUGAGUGGACGACUGCCUCCUGGACACGCCCACACACAAACACACACACACAGAGUUAUUUAUUACCGCUUUAAUUUAUUAUUGUGAAUGAAUCAAGGCCUCAGGCUUGCUUUGUGUUCCGUACGGUAAUAUGCAGUCAGCGAGGAGACUAAAAAUGCGGAGAGAAAACCAAUCAUAUCCUUACUUCUCAGCAUGAACUUCUUUUGGCCGCCUCGUCCGCUUGAAAGUGAGUGUCUUCACCAGCAGAGGUAAUGUUUUCCUUUAUUCUCCACUAUUUUAAAUGACAGCCAUUUUUAACAGCUUAACGAACCCACUCAUGUUUUUGUUUUCGUGGCAACGAUUUGAUCGGUUGUUAUUCUUUCUUCUGGAGAUGGAAAUUGACGAAGACGCAUUAAACACCCGCGACCCGUAGACUUCCAGCAUGCUAAACGUCCUGCUAGGUUACAAACACAUGUAAAUAUCGGCCUCCGUAAGUGGCUAGUAGCUGUUCAUGUCACGAAAUCAAGGUCGUUUUCGCAGUGAAUGUGUGUGUGUGAGAGGAACGAACUCCCAAAUAUGUGUUUGUGGCGAGCGCUCCGUUGUUUUCGUCUCGUUUCAUAUUAUUUUUAAAAGGGGAAAUGAAGCACUCGGUCAAGUUUACAUUAUUUUGAACACUGGAUUCCACUUUAAUGAAAAUGUAUUAAUUUAACUUGAUUAAUGAAUCCAUUUUGAAGAAAACAGCAUGUUUUAUAGUGGAUUUUAGACCUAGGGAGGAUAUCGCUGUGUCUGACGUCACAGGGUUGGUUCUGUUCCCUCAGCUGAACAGAUACAGUGGAAUUAAAGGACUGAACACAGAGACUGAACAGCCUAAUUUAACCCAAUGCGUGAAGUUGUGGACGUGGAGCUGCUGCAAAUACAAGCAUCAGAUGUGUGUCUAAUAUAAACAUAUAUAUUUAUUCUAUUUUCUUUUUUUCCUUUUUAAUUAUCGAUCAUUUGAUGCGCUUUGGUCCACUCUCUGUGUUACGCUGCCUGACUGCCUGUAUUUUUUUCAACCAUGGUAGUAACGGACUGAACACAGAUACGAGACAGCCUAAUUUAACCCAGUGCAGGAAGUUGUGGACGUCCAUCGCAGAUUUAAGCAUUUAAGUGUUUGAAGUUGUGUAUUUUUCUUUUGUUAACACCUUUGGUUUGAUGCACUGUGGUCCACUCUCAUGCUGCUCCAGAGCUGCCUGACGCGUCAUACGUGACUUUCUGCUUUACUUAGUCUAGUCUGUGUGUAUUAUUUCAAUACGUAUUCCCUUAUACUAAGUCUCUCAACAUGUACCUGCCGUGAAAACAGCGCCGAUCCUUGUUUGGUCUGAACAUGAGCAGAGAUGAGGGGCUGUAGUAGUGAAAAGUGAAAUGGUUCGCCCCUGCCUAGAUUGUAUGUGCUGGAUUGCGUGUGCUGAAACGUGUGUGCAUACAUACAUAUACAUACAUCUGAUGCUUGUAUUUGCAGCAGCUCCACGUCCACAUCUUCAUGCAGUGUGUUAAAUUAGGGUGUUCAGUCUAUUACUUCCACUGUAUCUGUUCAGCUGAGGGAACGGAACCAACCCCGUGACGUCAGACAGCGAUAUUCACCCUAGGUCUAAAAUCUACAGUAAAACAUGCUGUGUUCUGCUAAACGGUUUCAUCAAUAGAGUUAGUUUAGUAAAUUUUCAUUGAAGUGGAAUCCAGUGUACAAAACAAUGCUAACUAGUGCGCUUCACUUCCCCUUUAAUGCUUUUUUUUAACGUGUUUAGGAUUACUCGUCGUUUUAUUGACUUUUAUUUUGUUUAUUUUCUGUUGGCUUUAUUGCUUUACCCUUGUAUUAUGGUAUAUAUCUCGGCAAGUGGCCUCUUAAAUGCUUUUUUCUAUCGGUGAAUUUCUUAUACUUUCAUAGCAUCAGUACAGGUGUACUCUUAAUGAUUUGGGUGUUCAGAGUGUGAUCACUCCAGCGAACUACAUUGCCUACUUUGAGUUCUUCUGUAAUUAUGUGCUCUUCAUAUGAAGAAUCUAUAGAUAUAAAUAUAUAUAAAUAAUAUAUAUAUUAAUACAGACUUGCGUGUGUGUAUUUCUCGCCAUGUAUCCUCCCUUACAGAUGUUAAGCGUUUCUCACCUGCAUCAGGUAAACUCCUUGUACAGGUUACUCGUACCCUGACCUGUUCUGAGUGACGCCGAGAAAAAAAAGGCAAAGCGGUGCAUGCAGAAACACCCUCACACGUGGAGAUCUCGCACACUCGUGGUGUUGUACGUUCUGGUUUAUGCAACUGAACUGCUUUCCUUUCCUUUGCUUCUGAAUAUUUGUGUUUCCUUCCAGUCUUAGGUUUUGAGGUUGUUGUGCUUCGGGCUGGUGAACUAAGCUAGACUUUUGGCCUAAGUUUAUUGCGGUCAGGUUCACGAGGAUCUGUCCUGCAUUUUCAGUGUGUUAUUAUUCUAAGUGAUUGUACUAUUAUGUAAUGUUCUGUAGGAGAGGUGUUAUGUAUACAUACUUUCAAUAAAGCAUUCAGGGUUUUAAGACUA